ACGAGCGGCUGGUGGAUUCAAAUUGCCGACCUCUGGGUUUGCAGCCCAGCUCUUAACCACUGCACCACCAGGGGUCUUCUUACAGGUAUUAUUUAAUCCUCACAGCAACCCUGUGAAGUAACUACUAUUGUCCCUAUAUUAUAGGCAUGAAAACUAAAACCCAAAACUUUGACCAAACCAAACCUGUUGCCAUCAAGUCCAUCCCGACUCAUGACAACCCUAUGAGUUACAGAAUAGAACUGCUUCUUUGGGUUUUCAGGCCUUCCACAGUGUGUUGAACCGCCAGCGUUUAGGUUAGUCGACCACCAUUUGCACCACCCAGGGACCAAAUUAAGGCUCCUCCUAAAAUACCAAACCUGUUGCUGUCUAGUCAGUUCUGACUCAUGGUGACCAGGAAGGUUAAAAGUAGCCCAGAGUCAUAGAGCGAGUAAGUAGAGGAGCCAGGAUUCACUCGGGCCAGUUAGGACUUGUAAAUCCUAUCUGCGUGACCACUGCAGAAUAUUCCUGCUAGCUUUUACCACUACUUUCACUUCACUGAUGCUCCUUCUCCAGAUUAUGGGAGGGGAUGAGAUGUUCAGAUUUGGAAUGGAGAAAGCUCCCCACAAAAUCAAGCUACCUCUCAGUGAAAUGGCUUGGUAGUUUGACAACUGUCUGUCCUGUGAAUUUAAAAUCAAAAUUCGGGAUUGAAGAAAAGAGUUGAGACGGCACUUAGGCCUCUAGACCCAUGCUCUUACCCUGGGCAGUAAUGAGUCUUGAUCAUUUGUGUACUUCCCUGAAGAAGAAGGUGGGUGAACUUGGGAGUUCUUCAGAUAUUCACUGUGGAAUCACAGUGUUUUUUGGUUUUGGUGAACUUUCUCUUUUAACUGAUAAAAAUGAAGGCUUUCUUGCUGUAAACUGUGAACUUUACAUAGAAUAUUUCAAAGAGUACAUUAGAAAAGCUAUUGUUGCUUUUUUUAGCUCCAGAGAAUUAAGGGGAGUUUUUAAGUAGAAGAGCAAGAAUACACGUAUCCGCACAUGAUAAAAUAAGGUGACUAUGAAAGGCUUGUAUUUUCAGCAGAAUUCCACAAAUGAAGAAAUAACGUUUGUAUUUCAAGAAAGGGAAAAUCUUCCUGUUACAGAAGAUAACUUCGUGAAACUUCAAGUUAAAGCUUGUGCUCUGAGCCAGAUAAACACAAAGCUUCUGGCAGAAAUGAAGAUGGAGAAGGAUUUCUUUCCUGUUGGGAGAGAAAUUGCUGGAAUUGUAUUAGAUGUUGGAAGCAAGGUAUCAUUCUUUCAACCAGACGAUGAAGUAGUAGGAAUUUUACCCCUGGAUUCUGAAGACCCUGGGCUUUGUGAAGUCGUUAGAGUACAUGAGCAUUACUUGGUUCCUAAACCAGAAAAGGUUACAUGGACAGAAGCGGCUGGAACAGUUGGGGAUGGAGUGCGAGCCUAUACCGCUCUGCAUUACCUUUCUCAUCUCUCCCCAGGGAAGUCGGUGCUGAUAAUGGAUGGCGCAAGUGCAUUUGGUAUAAUAGCUAUUCAGUUAGCACACCACAGAGGAGCCAAAGUGAUUUCUACAGCGUGCAGCCUAGAAGACAAGCAGUGCCUUGAAAGACUUAGGCCUGCUAUAGCCCGAGUGAUUGAUGUAUCUAAUGGGAAAGCCCAUGUUGCCGAAAGCUGUCUGGAAGAAACAGGUGGCCUGGGAGUAGAUAUUGUCCUAGAUGCUGGAGUGAGAUUAUAUAGUAAAGAUGAUGGACCCACUGUAAAAUUACCACUCCUACCACAUAAGCAUGACAUCAUCACACUCCUAGGUGUUGGAGGCCACUGGGUGACAAGAGAAGAAAACCUUCAGUUGGAUCCUCCAGAUAGCCACUGCCUUUUCCUCAAGGGAGCAACAGUGUCUUUCCUUAAUGAUGAAGUUUGGAAUCUGUCAAAUGUACAACAGGGAAAAUACCUUUGUAUCUUAAAAGAUGUGAUGGAGAAGUUAUCGACUGGUGUUUUUAGACCUCAGUUGGAUGAACCCAUUCCACUAUAUGAGGCCAAAGUUUCCAUGGCAAUUGUUCAAAAAAAUGAAGGAAGAAAAAAGCAAGUUGUUCAAUUUUAAUUUUAUUCUUCCUCAGACCUCAGUUGGAUGAACACAUUCCAGUAUUUGAAGCCAAAGUUUCCUUGGAAAUUGUUCAGAAAAAUCAAGGAAGAGAAAAGCAAGUUGUUGUGUUUCUAAGCAUUUUCUCCUGCUAAGACAAGAUGCUCAGAGUUACGUGAAUCUUUGAAAAGUAGAUUAAUUGUGCAAACGGUUAACGUCUGAAGGGAGUGUUGUGAAAAGCUCGUUUCUGUUGUCUCUAAACACGCUGCCUCCCUCCGCUGCACCACCCUUACCUUGG